AUGAUCUCUUCAUGAAAUUUCUUUUUUUUCAUGUCCACGUUUGAAAUGUAGCAUUCUAUAGGUUUCACAGCGCAUUUGAAGUAUAUCAUUUUUCACGUCUCCUCUGAAUGACGAGUCUCGUUCUUUUUUAAAUUCUGAACUUUUCAUAUUCGUGCCAUUCGUUAUUCGAGUUUUCUGAGCUGUUCGCGAUGCUCAAAGCUGAAGAUGCCUUUCCGUUACCCGAACCAUUGUCCGCCCGUCAUAAAGACUCCUUCGCGUACACAACCAUGAAGGAUAGACAGCCUGUCAUACUCACGAAAGUUAUCGAUUAUUUGUUCCGGGAGCGCAAAGAAAUCGCAGAAGUUUACGGGGAUGACGUUCUGGAGGAUCUCAAGGCCAUUAACGAAUUGCUAGCCCAGCUGCGUUAUGAGUUGAUGACCGACAAGCCUUUGUCUCCGUUGAAUGAAUCGGAGUUACCUGAUGUUCACGAUUGGAAUCACAGUUUGGAAGAAGCCCGAUUCGAUUGCGCCGCAAAACACGAAGACUGUUCUUGGUUCACAGCGCCUUGGCUGUUGGUAGAGUGUUAUCUCUAUCGUCGAAUCAAAGACGCUUUUUUGAAAGGUUCAGGAACAGGAAAGCUGAAGCACUUCGAUUUUUUCGCGGAUCAGAAAAAAAGUAGCUUGUUGGAUUCGCUGUCCUCGGUGCGGAUUCUUGGCAAUUUUCUAUUGGAUAAGCUGUCCCAUCUUCAACCGGGAAAUCCGGAUGCAUCAAAGACUCUGUUCUUCCAUAUGGUGGAGUUAUCUUUGUGGGGAAACAAGUGUGAUCUAUGCAUAUCAGGUGGAAAUCCAAAUGCCCACACGUCGGACCCGCUAGCGGACUUGGAUGUUUUUCGUCAAAAUAUUUUAUCGGAUCACUUGGAUGAUAUUUGGAGCUUUGUGAAGAGCUCUAUGUCUCUUGGUCCCGCGGAAAUUUGUUUCAUAGCGGACAACGCGGGUUUUGAGCUUUUCUCCGACUUGGCCUUGGCGGAUUUCUGCGUUUCAAUUGGCUUUGCAUCAAAAGUUGUUUUCCACGUGAAGAGUUUCCCCUGGUUUGUCUCUGAUACUGUAGAAUCUGAUGUUGAGUUCCUUUUAAAAGUGCUUGAAGAGGAGGGCCUUUGCUCGCUUGCCCUGCGAUGGAAGAGCUAUUUCGAAACGGAGCGCUGGUCCAUCGAAUCUGACCACUUUUGGACUCUGUCCGAGCCUUUCCCGAAUAUGAAAAAGAUUCGUCCGUUGUUAUACGAGCGAUUGUCUCGAUUUCGACUCCUGGUUGUGAAAGGUGACUUGAAUUACCGAAAAUUGUUGAGUGAUCUCAACUGGGAGCAUCAUACUUCGUUCGAAUUGGCGCUUCGUCAGUUUCACCCUUGUGCAUUGGUGACAUUGCGUACCAUGAAGUCUGAUAUGGUAGCUGGACUUCGUCCUUCUGUCGGCAAAAACGCGCAUACAAUCGAUCCGAACUGGAUGAUCACGGGUAAAUACGGUCUGGUGCAAUUCAGUGGUAGGAAAGAUACCGAAUCAAAGUGCAGUGUUUGA